AUGGUGAACGGUGGCAGUACGCCCGGGAGGCCUGUAAGGUUGAUAGCACGUCUCAGAGAGGCGUUCGUGAUCAACCCCUGUGACAACGACAAACAAUUCAUCCCAUGUGGGAAACUAAGAGAAUUGUGCAAUGAGCAGGCUGUCACUCAAGAGCUGGUCAGGGCUUUCCCUAAGCAAGAUGCUGCCCUUUGCCAACUACGCGCAAGGUUGAUCUGCCAUGGACAAGCUCAAGACGGAUCCAUCAUCGCCCAACCGUGCCUCAGGAUAUUCACCAUUCUUGUUCUCCUGGGUCAAGUCAGGCUGAUCGAAACAUUCCUGAAGCAUGGACUGUGCGACAACGACCUUCCGUUUUCCAGUACACCAAGGUUCACAGAGCUGUACUCACCUCAGCGUCAAUAUGCGACGCAUCUAGACUUCCCUGACGAGGACGACCCAUACCGCAUCAUCAAAAGCUUCUUCAAUGACCAAUGGUCUGUGUUAGCACCAUGCUUUACUCCCCCUACCAACGAAGACGAGCGUUGCGAUGUCCACGACCUUCAUACGCGUGCAAUAUUACCCAUCGAGGAGAUCUCCAAGAAACAAUACCCAGGUGGGUUUGGAUUGGUGGAAAAGGUCAAGAUACAUAGAGACCACAAUGGCUUCAAACACGAUUAUUUUGCCCUCAAGACUAUGCAUCCCAUGACACCGGACGAGAGAGAAAGAUUCUUCCAGCAGGAGCUUGAUGCUUUUCACCAGGCCCGACCUGGUGGACAUAUAAUAGAGAUAUGUGCUGCCUUCAAGAAGGGAGAGAAACGCGGGUUUCUCUUCCCCUGGGCUGAUGGAGGUACGCUCAAUCAUCUAUGGCGCAGGCCACCCCAUGAGAUUGUCAAAUCCGCAGGGGUCAAAUGGCCUGAUUUCAGCCGAUGGAUCUGCGAGCAAUGCUACGGCAUCAUCCACGACCUGUUCGCAAUCCAUGAACCAUAUGUCUUGCACGCUACAAACGAAGAGGAUCUCUAUGGAAUCCAUGGCGAUAUCAAGCCAGAUAACGUCUUAUACUUUACCCAAGACGGCUCACCCUUGGGAACACUUAAGGUCUCUGAUCUAGGCCUCAUGAAGUUUCACCGACUCAUCUCCCGUACCGCACAUUCCAAAUCCAUGGGUUUCGCCUAUCAGACGUACAGAGCGCCAGAACAUGACCUCAACAAGGUGAGGUCUAGGAAGAUUGACAUAUGGGCGUUUGGCUGCUUAUUCGCCGAAUUUGCUACAUGGGCGAUGGGCGGACACAAUGCGAUUGAAUUGUUCAAAACCUAUCGGCUCGAGGAGGACAAGGGCAACAUUGACGAGAGCAAAGGAGAGUGGUCAGAGGACAACUUCUUCAUCCUGAAGAAUCGAAUAGCGCAAAACAAAGUGGCAAAGCGUAAGAGCUCGGUAGAUGCGUGGUUUACAGUGCUUAUCAAGGAUUUGGGCCCGGAUAUGGCAAACAGCUUCUUCCCGGAUUUCCUCCGAUUCAUCCAGAACUCGAUGCUUGAUCCCGACCGGAAACGUCGAGCAGAUUGCAAAAUGGUGGAGUCCUUCCUCAACAGACUUUUAACCAUCCCGCCUGACGAUUCUUACUGGAACUUUCCCGGAACGCGGCCAUACCCGAACGGCGGUGCUACCUGGACAAGUUCGACGGGAACUCCUACUUGGUAG